AUGAUGAGCGUCGGCAGGCCACGAAAGCGGGCUUGGCUGUGCGGAUAUCGGUGCGUGGCUAUCACCAAAGCCGGGCGGGAUGGACCAAAGCUCGUCAUAUCUGUGAUGUGCGCCUUUCCGCACAGAAUCUGCAGGAGCCCGUUCCACAUGCAGCAACGUGAUUCGAGAAGGGGUCUUGGGAGUUUGGGUGAUAGGUUUGACCGCUGGUCCACACAAUUGUGA